UGUCACACCUCCACAAUAAGAGCUGACCCUCUAUUCCAGAGAUUAUUGGGACUAGAAGACUACCUGAGAGAAGAUAGUCACAAGAGAGAAGACACAGACAGAGAUAUUGAUAAAUCAGGGUGGAGGGACCGAAGGUUUAUCACUUUAAACUAACACAACCCAGAGACACAGGUGAGCUGAUAAGGCAGUCUAGCUCAGUUUGUGUCUGUGCUUUAGGGUAGUAGACCGUGUCAGUGUUUCAGAGUCAGGGGCGCUUUUCGCACAUGGAACGUCUAGAGAGCUGUGUGUUCUAAAACUGCAGAGAAGAGCGAGAAGAGCAAAUAUACUGAGAAAGCAUAGAAAGACUGCUUCCUGAUCACAUCACUUGUGUGGAAACAAAGAUAGACACCGAGCUGCCUAAAGGUCAACUGAACCCUUCAACUGAGUGACCUCCACUUCAACCUAAAAGUGUUGAACUCACUGACGGUACACGCCAUUAAGUCCAAGAUGCCUCUGAAGACCACCUUGUACCUCAAAUCAGCCAGCAUGCGCUGGCCCCGCAAGCAGAAGCGCCGUGAGCUGCUAUCAGUCAACAUGAUCAGCCUACCCCUGGGUGACUUCCGCCACCUCUCCCACAUCGGAUUGGAUGCCCACGGGGAUGUCUUUGGCGACCUCACAACCUUCCAGCGGACCGGUAGUCUCAUCCUCCACAGCUCUCAAAGCCACCAGGACCUCUACUCCAACAUCACCCCCAAUGAGACCCCCCCACCCCCACCCAAGCCCCCACGCCUCCUCAGCCCAGAAGAGAUGGAUGCACAGGCCGCCAAAGCCAGAACACUUCCCCAGGCUUCCAGGCACCAGAGGUGCCUCUUUCCGCCUUUACUGGAUGUUGUGGAGGUGGUGGAGCAUGACAGGUUGCACCACGAAGAGGAGGUAAAGCAGGAGCAGGAAAAGAAGGAGGAGGGAGGGUUAACGAUGGGGCCGGAUGGAUCCGAAUUGAACACGGCUCCCCAACAGGCUCCUUGUCCCCCAGUGGAGGCCCCUCCAGGGGUCGAUGAAGACUCGUCUUUUGUCCUGAACCUUGACUUGGGGCCGUCCAUACUAGAAGAUGUGCUGCAAGUGAUGAACCAGCUUCACCAGUGAGACUUUGGGAAGUGUGGCCCUCAUGUAAUAUAUUUUAUUCUAAGGGCCUUUCAAGAAGCCCAAAAUAUAUAGGGGAGAAAAACUAAAAGUUCCUUCCUUUCUAAUGGGGAUUGAAAGGGGUUGUGUCAUGGAUGGAUAAAUGGGCUGGACUAUUUUCAAUUGCCAGGACGCUAAUUGGCACAUUUAGUUUUAAUUACUGUCUUCAUAGAAGACAGAUUGUAUAAAAUGUUCUUAUAUUGGAUGCAAGAUGAUAUGAGCCUCUAUUGUUAGUUUGGCUAACUAGAGCAAUGUGUCAUAUCUGGGUCAACGCUUUGUACGGUUGCCUUUCUCAGGUGAAAGCUCUGUGAGCCAAUGACACUCCACCCGGAUCAUGUGACUUUUGUAACGCAGGUGUAUAGAGGAGACAUGUUGUGAAAGGUAAGAAAGACAGACGGUAAACUACGUAUGAGACAUAGCUGUGAGGCAGAUGUUUAUGACUUAUGCUUGUCUGACAACUUCUAUUGUGAAACACUGAAAUAAGACUGGUGGAUUUUGCUUUUCAAUGUUUAGGCCUACUAUACAGGGACAAUGAACACUAGCUGUCCCAUAGUCAGACAUAUGCAGUAGCAAUAAGGACAGAAGCUGGGUUGUUCUACGAAAUGAGUCCCUUUUGCGUCCCUUUGAUAUUUUAUGUCUAAAUUGUGCACCAAUAUAAUAUUUUAAAAGCCUUUUUUUAUAUGAAUCAAUACUUGCUAAAGUGCCAAAUCUAUGCACCCUCUGUGACUUCUAGGAAGAUUUUAACCCCGACAUUUCUCCAAGUUGUCACCAUCAUUGUAAAGCCCUAGUUGUUUUGUUGCUUCGACAAAGUCAUUUCUUCAUGUGAUUAGUGAUCAAUUUUUAGGUAAAAAAAACCAACGUGUCCCUCAUUUUAAGGUCAACCCUGUUACGUGAACUGAACUGUUACUUUAAAAAAACAUUGAACAUCUAAUAGUCAAAUCAUAAUGUAAUUUCUGUUUUUUUUUGUGUUGAAAUACUGAGUGGGUCGAGCAUAAAACGUCAAACUUGUUACCCAUAGAUUGACAAUUACACAUUUUUGUAUAGCUUGCAUUCAAUUGCUCCUUCCUGUUGCACACAACAAGCUUCCAUUCCUCAUGUCACAAGGGGAUUUAUGGCUGAUUUAAGAUGAAAUCGUCAACCCUGUUACAUUACAGAAUGUUAAAAUUAGGUGAAAUAAAACGUUAUUUUUGCACAACCCAAAAGGGACUUAUUUCGUAGAACGACCCAGCAGACUCACUAGCGUGUAUACGAUAGGCCUAUUUUAUAUUUCUUGUUUUUCUUACCAACUACUCAAGGGGAAAGUUCAAAUCUUUAGGAAUAUAAAACGGUAUAAGUCUAUUAAAAGUUAUUACAUGGUUUAUGGUGUGACUGUGAACAGUAUCAGUCUAUAAUAAAUGUCUUUAGAAAAUCAAAGCUCACCGACAAUCCUCUCGUUGUUCAUAUCAUAAUCUUUUAGAUAUAAUUUUGUUUUGGCUAAGGUGGAGCAUGAACUCUGCCUAGCACAAGGAAAUCACAUUUGUGCAAAAUCUGUACCGUAAGUUUUAAUUUAUAAAAUAAAAACCAUAAAGCCAA